AUGCCAAUAGCCGACCAGAUCCUGAACCGUCCAAAGUUCGUUGACUAUCUCGCGAACAUCCCCGCCUAUUGGACGCAGCCGAAUGCAACAUGGGCAGGUGAAGACUUGUUCAGGACUGCGGCUACUUGGCAAGGACAUGUGAAUUACGAACAGAAGAAGGAUACGCGCUUUGAGGGUUCUAAAGAAGCCAGUGUCAACGCCGCCUUCCUCUCCUUCUUAACCGCUAUUGCGGCGCUUCUCGAUCAGCCUAUUAGGCGCCAGUGGUCGACUGGCAGAAGGAAUCAUCGGAUUUUGGCACUCGUCGAGUGUAAAUCUGGGCCGCGGGGACGACAUGCUCCGGGUGUUGAUAUGCAAGAGGUAGCACAGCUGGUGGCAUGGGUGAAGCAACACCCCGCUGGGCCAGGGGCUAAUAGACGAGUACUCCUGUCUAAAGAUGGCCUUGAGCUUUAUAUCUCUGUUUUUCAGUACGGGCCGGGAUGGCUACGCUAUCUCAAUGGAGGACCCGGUAGUAUUAAGCAUGCUGGAUUUGCCUACAUGCAAAGAUACGGCCCCUGGAACAUGACGAACAAGGCUGAUUUGAGGGAGUUUGCUCUGAUUGUUAUCGCCUUGCUAUUGCUAUAG